AUGAUAAACUAUUCUGAGCACCAUCUCCAAAGAGGACUUUUAGAUUCCUCUAAAGAAAACUGGGAUAUUCCUGCACCCCCGAAUGGUACAAAGUUCCAUCUGUGGCCAAGUGCAAUAUAUCCAGUUAAGUCUAGUAUAGACAUUGAAGAGAUGGCAUAUGCCUUCUUUCAAGGAAAAAGGACAAAUAACUAUGAAUUCAUGUUUUCUGAAGCUGAAUUCCCUAGAAUAAAUCAAGGUGAUAUCAGAUCAUUGAUUAUUUGGUUGAAGCUGAAGGAAAGUACUAAUGAAGCUUAUGCAGAUGCCUUACAACGCUUGAGGCAAUAUAUUUUGUAUAUGGUUAUUCAUUUCAUUGUUGAUUGGGAAAUAGGACAACUUGGAGAAAAGAUAGUUCAUGAGCCAGAUUUGGAUCUGAAUGUGGAAAAUGAGUCACCGGGAAACAUACUGAAAACACCACAUAGAGGAGUUGUAUUUUUUUCAAAGAGUUGA